AUGGUGGGCGAGGCAUCUACAUCCUCACCCACAGAUGAUACCCGGUCAUUCUCUGACCAGAUGCUGAGAAUGGCUAAUGCGCUGGAAAUCACCAUUCGCCCUUCCAUCCCCAAACCGAAAGAGAAGAUCCUCUCGGCAUUGUACUCGGAAUCGCCUACAACGAUUGCUUUCCCGAUACUCUCGGACUUCAUGGAUAUGGCGAAAAAGGUUUGGGAAAAGCCAUCCUCCAUUCCCUGCACAGCCCGCAAGGUGGAGAACCUAUACAGAGUUCAACCUGAGAACUGUGAAUUUUUAUUUUCUCACCCUGCACCUUCCUCGCUGAUUACAGCGGAGGUGCAGUCCAAACACCGUCAGGGAGGGCAAUCAUCACCUGUCGACAAAGAUAGUCGUAAGAUUGAUGCUCUCAGCAGAAAGGCUUACUCUGCCGAUGCCUUAAUUUUUCGGAUCAGCAACUACCAAGCGGUGAUGGCUGCGUACCAACUUUUUCUGUGGAACAGAAUGUGUACCUUCAUUGAUCACUUACCUGAAGAGGAGAGAUCUUUGGCGAGGAUAGUAGCGUCUGAGGGGUCCAAACUUGCCAAACACCAGAUGAAUGCUGGGAGACACACGGCAGAUUGCUCGGCAAGGAGUAUGGCAGCAUCUAUUUCCCUUCGACGUUUCUCUUGGCUACGCUCCACUAAUUUAGCUCCUGAAACGAGGAAUAGAAUUGAGGACUUACCAUUUGAUGGUUUGACUCUCUUCUCCACGGCCACUGAUGAGACCUUGGAAAAUCUCAAGAAGCAAAAACAAACGGCAAGGUACAUGGGUGUAACUGCUCCUCCCUCGGUGCCUUAUUACAGACAACGCUUCCCCUAUAAGGAGAGCUUCCGCCGCAACCGUUUCCAGAGGCAAACUCCCUCGGGGUCGUACGACACUCCUGGGCAAGAUGGCCUCUACGACAGCAAUGAUUUGCUUCGCAACGAAAGUGUGCUUAUACAGACAGACAACACAACUGCGAUGCACUACUUGAACAGGCAGGGAGGCACGGUCUCCGUGUCGCUCUGUCGGGAAGCAGCCAGAAUAUGGAAGUGGGCUAUAGUCAACAAGGUGUCUCUUCGGGCUAUUCAUAUAGCGGGCGUCUGCAACUCGCUGGCCGACACACUGAGCAGAGUAUUCGCACCACGAUACGAGUGGUCCCUCAAUUGGACAUGGAUUGUCCAGACGAUUAAAGGUUGUUACCGUCAGGCCGGAGUCCGUUGUCCUGGUUCCCUUCGGGCCCACUCUACCAGAGCGCAUUCAACUUCGACGGCGCUUCGAGGAGGUGUUCCCUUGUCUGACAUCUGUAAAGCUGCGACGUGGUCGUCACCGGACACGUUCAUCCAUCAUUACGCGGUGGAUGCUGAAUCUAGAAGAGAUGCAGAUGAGUUACAGCUAGAACCCAAAAUGGAGGACCAGGAGCCUGCUGGACCUGAAUCGCAGGAAAAUUCGGAGGCAGGACCGAGGGACCUCCGUGUCAUCCAAAUCGGAGCAACCGGGGAGUUGCUGGAAGGGGCGCCUCCGCCUCAGUUUAAACGGGAGCCGGAAGACCAGUGCUGGGAAAGUCAGCUGCAGGAUUUCCUGAAGACGAUGCAACCCCAUCGACCGGGAUGGAGGAACCCAACGCAUUCCCCUCAGUACUCACCAGAAGAAGACACAAAAUAUUUCCAGGCCACGUUCAAGAGAUCAGCAGAUGGCAGCCCGUGGCCCCGAGCCGAGUGCAUGGGCCGAGUGCUGCCAGGCCUCAGCAAAGGGGAUGGUGAGGCCUACGAAAGCGGCCGGGAGCCAUCCGUGAAAGUGAAGGAAGAGGUUCUGGACGACGACCCGGGCAGCUCGGAGCUACGCCGCCAGCGCUUCAGACUUUUCUGUUACGAGGAAGCCGAGGGCCCCCGAGAGGUUUGCAACAAGCUCUGGGAACUUUGCCACCAGUGGCUGAGGCCGGAGACGUACACCAAGGAGCAGAUCCUGGAGUUUCUGAUCCUGGAGCAGUUCCUGACUGUCCUGCCCCAGGAAAUGCAGAGCUGGGUCAGGGGCCACGACCCCGAGACCUGCACUCGGGCCGUCGCCCUGGCAGAGAGUUUCUUGCAAGAAUCGGAGGAACCGGAACAAAAGGUUGCAGGAGGCUUGGAGAAAGCAUUUAGUUCCCCCAAGUCGGAUCCUUCCUCACCAGAGGUCCUGAAAAUGCAGCUGCCCAUGGAUGAGAAACAAGAGGCUGACUGGGAAGCCACUUUGUCUGGCAAUGAGCAAACGCCAGAUGAUGAAGAGGAGACUUUUGAGGGGGACCGACCUGAGCAAGUGGGUGUUGGGGGAGGCUCGCUGGAAAGGCCCAAAGGGAAAUGUUUCCAGGGUCCAGAGGCAGAAGAGAGAGUCGGAAGUCAUCAGGGACCAGAAAAUCCCCAGGAAAACUCUCCUGGGAAGGCACCGAAACUUUGUGAGGAACCCGAUAGGGGUUUACCAGAAAGCACCCUCCAGGAGGGAAUCCGCAAGUGUCCCAAUUCAGGGGAAAGCCCCUGUCAGCGUUUCGGCUCCAGGGAAACUCAUGUAAGUGAUAAACCCCACAAAUGCUCCUUUUGUGAAGCAAGCUUCUAUGAGAGAACCCACUUGGUCAUUCAUGAGCGAAUCCACACCGGAGAGAAACCAUAUAAAUGCUCUGUGUGCGAGACAUGGUUUUCUCACCCCUCGGAGCUGCUGAGGCAUGAGGAGACCCACAUGCCCGAGAAGCCCCACAAAUGCGGCGUCUGCGGCAAAAGCUUCAACCAGAAAGCCUCUCUGAUCACCCACGAGCGAACCCACACAGGGGAAAAACCAUACGAGUGCUCCGAGUGUGGGAAGAGCUUCAGCACAAGCUCCCAGCUCAUAACACAUAAGCGAGUCCACACGGGCGAGAAGCCGUACAGUUGCUCCUACUGCGGCAAAAACUUCAACCAGAAAGCAUCCCUAAUCACCCACAAGAGAACCCACACGGGGGAGAAGCCGUACGAAUGUACACUGUGUGGGAAAAGCUUCAGCGCUUGCUCUCAGAUCAUAAACCACAUCAGGGUCCACACGGGAGAGAAGCCAUACGAGUGCUUAGAGUGCGGGAAGCGUUUCGGGAGCAGCUCCCACCUGACCGACCACAAAAGAACACAUACAGGGGAAAAGCCGUACAAGUGUCCCGACUGCGGGAAGAACUUCAGCCGAAGUUCCAACCUGACAGCGCACAGCAGGAUCCACACAGGAGAAAAGCCAUAUAUAUGCUCAGGUUGUGGCAAAAGCUUCAGGCAGAAGGCGUCCCUCAUUACCCACAAAAGAACCCACACAGGAGAGAAACCCUUUGAGUGCUCCGAGUGUGGGAAAAGCUUCAUUUCGAGCUCUCGCCUCGUAAGCCAUAAAAGGGUGCACACAGGAGAGAAACCGUAUGAGUGCUUAGAGUGUGGGAAAUGUUUCAUUUCCAGCUCCCACCUUCUAAGCCAUAAGAGAGUGCACACGGGAGAGGAGCCGUAUAAAUGCUCGUAAAUGCGGGAGAUCCUUCUGAUAAUUGCGCUGCCCUUCAGAUAACGGGCCGGUUCACACAUAACUCCGGCCAGGAAUCCUGUAUACCAGGGAUGACUAACUUCUAGAAUCCUGGGGGCUGCUCAUUUCUCCAGAC